UUCAAAAAUAAAUGUGUUUCGGAUAAAAAAUAAAAAAAAAUAAAAUAAAAUAAAAGUUAAAGAAACAAGUUAAACUUCUCUAAAAUAACAAGUACUUAAAACGUAACAAAAAGAAGAAAAUUUAAGCUGUGGCGAUGUCCGAAUCAACGGAAUCGCCAGGAAAACAACAAAAGGCAACGCAACGACGCCAGUUGCGAGAACGAAAGGAACGCAAACAAUAUUUAGAAGAAUGGGGCUUGGGUGAUGAUGAUUUGGAGGGUACACGAGGUUUUAGUGUGGCUGAAAAGCUGGAAUCAGCUAAAUUUGCACAAACUGGAAUGGUACGCGAAAUGCGUGGUAGUGAUUUAAAUGUCGCUUUCUUGCAACAGUACGGAUUCAAUAUACCAUUAUUAUUUCGCGAUAAAACUGGUUUGGGCAUACGCAUGCCAGAUCCUAAUGAGUUUACAAUAAAUGAUGUGCGUUUAUGUGUUGGCUCUCGUCGCAUACUGGAUGUUAUGGACGUUAAUACACAGAAAAAUUUGCAAAUGACCAUGAAAGAAUGGCAACAGUAUUAUGAUAAUCAACAAAAAGAUCGCUUACUUAACGUUAUAUCAUUGGAGUUCUCCCAUACCCGUCUAGACAGCUACAUACAGAGUCCCGAUAUUGUCAGGCAAAUAGAUUGGGUGGAUGUUGUCUGGCCCAAAAGUCUGAAAGAUGCUCAAAGAGAGGGUACUAAUCUUUUGGGUAAUAUGAUGUAUCCAAAGGUACAAAAGUAUUGCUUGAUGUCGGUUAAAAACUGUUAUACAGAUUUUCAUAUAGAUUUCGGUGGUACUUCUGUUUGGUAUCACAUACUAAAGGGCAGCAAAGUAUUUUGGUUAAUACCACCGACCGAAAAAAAUUUACAGCUAUAUGAAAAGUGGGUGUUGUCGGGAAAACAAGCAGACAUAUUUUUUGGUGAUACGGUGGAAAAAUGUGCUCGUGUUUAUCUCACGGCCGGCAAUACAUUCUUUAUACCCACUGGAUGGAUACAUGCUGUCUAUACACCCACAGAUUCUUUAGUAUUUGGCGGCAAUUUUCUGCAUUCUUUUGGUAUUGUAAAACAAUUGAAAACCGCUCAGGUUGAAGAUGGCACAAAAGUGCCGCAAAAAUUUCGCUAUCCUUUCUUUACGGAAAUGCUGUGGUAUGUUUUGGCACGUUACGUUUAUGUACUUCUAGGUCACUCACAUUUGGAAGGAGAACCAUCCAUUGAGGAAAGUGAAAUGGCUUCAAGACCUCACAUACACCUCACCCAUUAUGAAUUGUUUGGUCUCAAAGAAAUUGUCAUGUAUUUGUAUGAUUUACCACCGAAUAAGAAAAAUGUACCCGAAUUGGUGCGUGAUCCAGUAGCAUUAAUUAAGGAUGUGCGCACUCUAGUGGAGAGACAUUGUAAAGAUAAACCGGAAAUGGCCAUAACAGGUGAAUCGGUGCUAAAACCGCCCGGUUUAAUGCAUCCCAUUUUUCAAGAGUAUGACCGUACACGUGUUAAGCAAGAGAUAAAACAAGAAAUUGCCAGGAAAAAUGCUGAAAUCAUAAGGGAACAACAGCAAAUGAAUCGAGAACAACAGCAGGCAGCAGACUCCUUAAAUACCACACCCACCACUUUGUUGGCGUUUAGCGGCACAACCACAGUAACCACUGAUAACGGCAUUACCAUCAAAAAGGAACCGAUAGAAAAUGGUAAUAUCCAACAGUCAACACAACAACAACAACAGCAGCAACAACAGCAACAGCCUACAUUUGUUUCUCCCACAGACAAUAUCAAAUAUAGACCUCCAAAGAAAAUGCAUUUGGCUAAUGCAGUAGCUGCUGCUGCCAACAACAAUAACAACAACAGCAAUAACAACACCGUUAGUGUCAUAGCAUCUUGUUCUAGUUAUAAUUCAGCUCAUACACAAAUUUUGCCACCCAUACAAACAUCACAUGGCCCCAGCAGCAGUUCAACCGACAACUGCCAUUCUCCCGGCGAAUCAUCCAAAAUUUCACCAAAUGUUACCGGUCUCGGACAGCCGCGUAGACGACGUACUCGGUGCAAAAAUUGUGCUGCUUGUCAAAGAUCCGAUUGUGGCGAAUGUAGCUUCUGUUUGGAUAUGGUAAAGUUCGGUGGACCCGGCCGGGCCAAACAGACGUGCAUGAUGCGCCAGUGCUUGUCACCCAUGUUGCCCGUAACAGCACAAUGUGUAUUUUGUCAUUUGGAUGGUUGGCGCCAGACACCUGUCUCGCCGCAAACAAAGCAAUUGGCCUCAAUUGAUGGCCCAUCAUCUUUAAUGGAAUGUUCGGUGUGCUAUGAAAUUGCUCAUCCCGACUGUGCUCUCUCCUCCUUAGAUGGCACCGAAUAUGCAGCCGAUGCCAAGGGUAUAGUUAAUGAAGAUUUACCAAAUAGUUGGGAAUGUCCCAGUUGUUGUAAAUCGGGAAAAAAUAAUGAUUAUAAGCCUCGUCAUUUUCGUGCUCGACAAAAAUCAUCGGAAGUACGACGAGUAUCUGUGGGAGGAGUUAACAUUGCAACCAGUGGUGAUCAUUUGGAUGGUCAUCUGUCUUCAAAUAUAUCACAAUACAAUGAAUUUGUAUUCACCAGUGAAUCUGAAAUGGAAACCAACUCCGCUAAUACCAACAAUUGGAAGCAUGGCAUUAAACGUCACAUACCAUUAGAUGUGAAAACUGAGAGAAAUUAUGAUACUCCCUCGCCUGGUAUAUCGCCAACGGCCGUUGAUAAAGUUAAACGACGUAAAAGUGAUGACGGUUUGAGUAUGUGCAGCAGUAUGCAGGAUAGCAUAGACGCAAAUGCUUCCAUUGAUUGUAAUAUAACUGGAAUUGGUAGCGGUGCAGGUAAUGGCGGAACGGGAGGACAAGGUUCACGUAAAAAGAAUUCCAUACGAUCUCAGCUCGCUCAACAAAUGUUGAACUCUUCGACGAGGGUACUGAAAAAACCCUCGUAUGUUGUGAGACCAGGCGGACAUUCGGGCUACGGCAGUAGUCAUGCUGCCCCAAAUUUGGCUUUAGAUGCCACGCUCUUAAAAAUUAUAUUCCGUUAUUUGCCACAAGAAUCUUUGGUAACCUGUUGCUCAGUUUGUAAGGUGUGGUCUAAUGUUGCUGUUGAUCCCGACUUGUGGAAAACAAUGAAUUGUGCUGAAUUGAAACUAUCUGCUUCCCUUUUAACCGCCAUCGUUAGACGACAACCGGAACAUUUAAUCUUAGAUUGGACUCAAAUUGCUAAAAGACAAUUGGCUUGGGUCAUUGCCCGUCUACCAGCGCUCAAGAAUCUCUCUCUUCAAAAUUGUCCCAUACAAGCUGUUUUAGCUUUACACACCUGCCUUUGUCCUCCUUUACAAAUUCUAGAUUUAAGUUUUGUGCGUGGUCUAAACGAUGCGGCCAUACGCGACAUCUUAUCACCGCCCAAAGACUCAAGACCCGGUCUAACCGAUUCGAAAACCAGAUUAAGAGAUUUAAAAACUUUAAGAAUUUCUGGAACCGAUAUUUCUGAUGUUGCCUUGCGCUACAUAACACAAUCGUUGCCGAAUUUGAUCCAUUUAGAUGUAUCAUCUUGUCAGCGUAUAACCGAUGCAGGCGUGGCACAAAUAGGUACAUCGGCUACGGCCAUUGCAAAUCUGGUAGAAUUAAAUUUAAGUGCUUGCCGUUUGGUAUCCGAACUAUCAUUGGAUCAUUUAGCAAGAUGUGAUCAAUUGGUAUGGCUGGACUUAAGGCACGUACCGCAAGUAUCCACUCAAGCUGUUAUUAAAUUUGCUGCCAAAUCCAAGCAUGAUUUGUGUGUCAAAGACAUAAAGCUAGUUGAAAAGCGUAAAAUACCUCAAACCCCACAUUCUUCAGGCGGCGCUAGUAGCACAUUCUCCACCUCAACGACCCCCAUUUCAUCAGCUGCUGGAUCAGCAAGUAUUUGGAAUGAUUAAAAAAUCUCUUCUCUACAAUAGCGAUUCAUAAUAAAUAAAAUAGACCCCAGCAAUGCACCAUGUUAAAGUUUAAAAGAUGUAACCAAAGAUUUAAAACAUUUUAAACAAUUUCUUUCAUCAUUUAUAGGUUUAUUAUAAAGAAAAAAAUACACACUCAAAAAACAAAAGCAAAUAAUCCAGUAGAUAUAACAAAAAAUGUAUCUUUAUGAAAAAGCAUUCCCCUUUUAUGAUCUUUUAAAUAGCUUUAACUUUUAAGCUCAGUUAAAAUUAAAACACACAACAAUGAAACAAAUACAGAAUAUAACAAACAUAACAAAUUGCAACAAUUAAAUAUUUAUAAUUACACAUUAUAAUAAAAAUGUUAUCGAUGAUAUUACAAAUAUGUAUAUUGUACAUAUAUAUUUUUUAUCGUAACACUUCUUGUUCUUCUCAAUUGUAAUUAAGUUAUAACAUACAAUGAAUAAACAUUUAAAAAAUUAAAAAAAAAAAAUUGAAAAAAAACAUCCGCACAUUUAUAGUGUCAUAUUUAAAAUUUUAUAAAUUUUAAAUAUUCAUGCAACUCAAAUGUACCAUACUAACUAACAAAAGAAAAUUAAGAAAUAUACAUACAUACAUAAAUGCAAUUAUAAGAAUUAUUUUAAAAAUAAUAUAAAAAUAUAUACAUACAUGCAUAAAUAUACAUAUAAAACAAAUAAAUGUAUGCAAUAAUAAAAAAAAUAAACAUAAAAAAUAAA